UACGUUCCCUAGCAACGGCGGAAGCUUGACGCGUUGCAUAGUAACGCUCAAAGCGGAUUCAAUAGCCGACAUAGACCCUAAGAAUAUGAGUUACCGAGUUACUGGGGAUGCGGCCCGAAAGGCCAGAGAACGUUACGAGCUGAAACAAGCGGCUGCCGAAUUCUACCGAAAGCGCAAUGUACCGGAGAGGCUGGAGGAGGCGCUGAACAGCACAUUCUGUCUGGGCCCUGAGGAUGUCUAUGGGCACCUGGCAAAUUACUUCGCUCAGUUCUCCAUGCCCCCAACAAUAUGCCAGAUACGUGGGAGGAAAGUUCUGGAUGGCUCGGGGGAACCUACAGUGGAAGUGGAAGUGUCUUGUACAGUGAAAAAUUCGGACAAGCGGAUAUGUUCUUCGGUCAUCUCAGCUGUCUCAGAACAUCCUAAAGCAUCAGAAGGGCUGGAGCAAGAAAGAAAUCAUUCAGCUGAUACAGCUAUUCAGUGGUUAACGGAUUUAAGCCCAUUGCUUAAAGGAAUGUCUCCCAAUGAGCAACAUAACAUUGAUCAACUUCUAAGUGAUUUUUAUCAGCCAAAAAUAGAAGAAGAAAAAGCAAGACGACAGAUGGAAAGAGAAGCCUCACCGAUGGCAAUUGAACCUGUACCAUCCCCAGUCACAUCUCCUGCACUGGUCAAGAAGAAAGGAAGCGGCAAAGGUAAAAAGGCAGUUGUGAUGGAGAAACCUAUUCCCCCCGAGGAAGCUCCAGAGCCAGUUGUACCUGGAAGUCCUGCUAUAGGGGCUCUGUCGCUUGCCGUGGCUAAGGCCUCUUCUGUUCUCGGCAAAACACCAUUGUACUUACACAUCGCAGCCUUACGAAAUGAAAAGUUACCCAGUGAAUUCAUCAUGCCAACUCCCAUGAUAUCCGUGCUGAGCUGUGGCAAAUCAUCUCCCGGCAAACUGAACCUUAUGAAGGAAGUGCUUGUUAUUCCACCGACAGGACUUACAGUGCAGCAGAGUCUCGACAUGGCCUUGAUGCUGCAGAAUCAAAUUGUAAAGCAAAUAAACAGUAUUUCUAAGACGGGGCCCGCAAUUAAGAACGUGACGCCGCUGGGCUGCAUGUUAAUAGGAGGGGACCGUAUAGAGCAACCUCUGGAUUUAAUUUGCGAAGCCUGUCAACACGUUGGCCUGGAACUGGGAAGAAAUCUGUAUUUAGCCAUCAAUUGUGCUGCCCAUGAAUUAAUGGACUAUAAUAAAGCUAAAUACGAGGCCUUAAGUGGAACAUUCAAGAGCCCCGAUGAAAUGGUUGAUUUGUAUGUGGAUUUAAUUAAUAGGCAGCCCGCCAUUCUGGCAUUAUUGGACCCCCUGAGGAAAGAGGACGCUGCACAGUGGGAGAGUCUAACGAAGGCUCUUGGGUCGAAAUGUUUCCUUUUUGCUGAUGCUGCAUCUAAGCCUGUGUGUAAACUGCUGGAAUCCGCCGACAUUCAUAACCCUCCCUGUAGCGGCACUGUCAUCAAGCACACCAAUGAAACGACUGUCUCUCAGCUGCUGGGCAGCUUCAAACUCAUCGAAGGUGAAAAUCGUGUCACUAUAUUAGGAUGCCCAUGCGAGGAAUCCGUUGAUGACAGCAUAGCAGAUUUGGCUGUUGGCCUCGGAGCAAGAUUCGUCAAGUUGGGAGGUCUACUACGAGGAGAAAGGAGCAGCAAAUACAACCGUCUGCUAGCCAUAGAGGAUGAGCUAACACAAGCUGGGACAUUAGGUUUCUGGACAAAGCACGAAUUCCCAAUACUUUCUGACGUUGAAAACCUGCCUGGCCCAGAGGAAGUAGAGUAAAUUGAAUGCAAGAAAUGUAAUAAACUGAAGAGUGAGUAGAGUGCUGGUAGUACAGGUAGAGAUUUACUAUGAUUCAACUCUCUAUCUUCUCAGCUCGUUCAUGGUAUGAUAUUCCCAAACAUUCGCCUACAUAGAAAACCGGUUUUAAUAAAAACUUAUUUUACAUGG